UUUAGUGAACCAGGAAGUAAACAAACACAGAAGGUUGGGUUGAUACAUUAAAAACAAACAGUCGCUUUAAACAAAAAAAUAAGUCUGUUAUGCGAACAUAUGAAAGGGAACAUGUUCCGCUGGAUGAGAAGGAAAUGCAGAAGAAUUUGCUCAUGCAGAUGCUGUCUUAUUGUUACUGUCAGCUUGUUUGUGAGUGGUUAUCUUCUUAUGAGGCAUAUGAUUGCUGAAAUGACCUGCAAAGAUGAAGAGUCAAAGGCUACACUUACAGAUUUGUGUAAGUUGUAUCAUGAUGGAACAGUAGCAGGUUCACUUUGUCCGAUGUUAUGCAAUGAAAAGAAGCUGCAAUACAAUUCAUGUUUAAAUUACCAAGGUGGAAAAAUAGUUUUGCUUUUGGGCUGUGAAAAUUGCAAUAAUGCGAUGCCAAGUGGAACCUCAGUUGGUGCAAAAUCUCAACUUGUCUUUAAGAUGAAAGAUACUCUUGAAAAGAGAGAUACAUUUGCAUUGGAUAAUAUUUAUUCUAACAAUAACAAAGAUAAGAGACAAGCAUAUGUCCGCAUGAUCUCAGAAAGUGUUAGGAACAGUUACAAUUUUAAGUUCUUCAAAAAUAUGUCUCAUAUCAGUGACAUUAUUUCAUUCACUUGGGGAAUGGAUGCAAACAAAUUCUUGGAAGAGAACAGACACAAUGAAGACAAAGCCCAGGGCCUUAAAGCUCUUAUUGACAGUGUUUGGUCACUUAGUGAGCAACACGAGUAUUUAAUGUAUAAAAUGCUUCAGGAUAAGCCGUACAUACCAAACAUUUACGGAACUUGUGGACCAGGUUAUUUUGUGGAAUUCACUGAAACUUUAAAAUGUUAUGAAAAAUCUUUCUCUUUAGACUGGAACAGUGAUUGGAAUCAACGAGCAAAGACUGCUGUGAAGUUAAUUGACCUAGUCAAAGAACUAGAUGAAAAUUUACAUCAAACUCUGCAUGUCUGUGAUGUUAAGCCAAAUAAUUUUGGUUUACGAGAGAACGGUGAAGUGACUCUCAUAGAUACAGAUUGUGCCUUCUUUGAGAAGGACCUAGUACAACAGUUUAACUUUUCAAACUGCACCAAAAAUGAAGACUGUGAUUUCUUUGAUUGUAAAGGAUUAUGCGAUAUAUCUAAACAAAAGUGUUACACUUUGCGUGCAAAUAAUAACUUGCAGACAAUGUGCAGAAAAGUUUUCCUUGGCUUCUCCAUGAAAAUUCCCAGUGGUAUUUUGCGCAACCCCCCUGACUUUAUAAAGACAGAGUUCUACGAGUUGCUGACUAGCUGCGCUUUUCCAGGGACCACAAGGGACAGUGAAAGGGCCAAAACACCGUGGGAAACUGGAGAACGCUUAAAGUCUUUCUUGCAGAAACAUGUCUCAUAUUCAUAAGUUCAUAGCAGAUUUUGUGUGAUGUAUCAUAUUUAAUUUAGCUGCGUUGUAAAACAGCAAGUUGACAGUGCAAGCUUAUAGGACUAUGCAUGGACUUUUCUUUAAACAUACUGGAUGUCUUGGAUUCAGUCUUGCAUGGAAAGCUGCUUGGCUUGGAAUAAACCCAAGAACUGUUGGUGUUCGGCAGCCACCUGAGCUACCAGUGGCCUUACCAUUAUCAUAUUAUUAAGUAAUAGAACAUAAUUUAUUAUGUAAUAUCUUAAUAAUUAUGAAGGUGUAACAAGCCUUUUUUAGUCAUUUAGAUUUUAUAUAGCAGAUUUUAAUAUAUUUUAAGCAGCCAGAAAACAAAAUCAAGAUGUCAUGUCUAUUAACCUGAACAAAUUAACCUUGGUAAAUAUUGAAGGUUGAUAGGCAAUUUCUUUGGCCGCAAAUGUUAAAACUACAUGUAUUAAUUUCUUCAUGGUUUUUAACAUCGACAGUGUUAUUAAAUCAUGUUAUAAAGCUUAGGCUUCUAAAUGUUUGUUCUUAUCCUCGAAUAUUGAAGGUAUUGCCAUUUCUAGAGAUUUGGUGGGAAUGGAAGUUAUGUCAUUGUGUUUGUUUGGUCCACCUCUCAAUCCUCACCUGCCUUCUUUUUGCCCCCACAUCCUUGUUUUGGCUGGUCAUCCCAGUGUCUGGCUGUACUUUAGAAGGGUCCUUGACUGUUGGGGUACUAACAGGGUGCCCACUAGGUUUCCCUAGAUUUGCAUGGGUCUGGUUCCAAUUAAAAGUGGAUUGAAGCUGAUUAUCUUUUAGUCCCUCCCCUGGUACAGCUAACCCCAGGAUAUUUUUUUUAAUCAACUGUUUGACCAGGCAUCAAUCCUAGUAGUACUUUAGAUGGCCAUUCUGUUGGUAUCUUUGCCCUUCAGAAGCAUCCUACUUUUCCAUGAUUUUCAUGAAUUUGCUAUCCAGAUCCGUAAUUGAACCUGGGUCCACUCAUAUGCUUGUCCAGUGUCUUUCUUCUAGACCAACUAUAUCCACCCAAGUGGUUUCAUUGUGAACAAUAAUCUAAGCUUGGAGAUAUUUUUAUGAAACUUGGCAACAAGUUUAAUAUUUACAUAAAAAAUGAUCUGAUAAUGACUAAAUGUUAAGCCAGAUCUUUCAAUGCAUAGUCUUUCAGUGUGUUUUAGCUUUUAUAUUUAUUUUCCCAUUAUCAAACUACAUUUUUCUAAUACAUAAUUGCUAGGGAGACAAAUAAUUUUUUACCAGUCUGCCAGUUGGUAUGUCUCACUUCGUUUCCGCUAAAUAACUAUACAACGCUUGGACCCAAAAACUUCAUACUUGUUAUGCAGGUUAGUCAUAACCAGUAGAUGACCCCUAUGACCCCUAUUGAUUUUGAGAUCAGAAGGUCAAAGGUCAUGGUCAGUUGGUCACGGUGACCUUGAACUUGAGGUGAAAAAAUGGUUUCCACUCAAUAACUUUAGAACACUUGCACAAAGAAUUGCCAUAUUUGGUAUGCCAGUUUGUCAUGACUAGUAGAUAACCCUGCAUUGAUUUUGGGAUCAGUAGGUCAAGGCUGCAGUGACCUUGAGUUGAAAAAACAGUUUCCUUUCAAUAACUUAAGAAUGCUUGAAACCAGAAAUACUUACUUGAUAUGUCAGUUGGUCAUGACUAGUUGAUGACCCGCAGUGAUUUUGGGAUCAGUAGGUCAAGGCUGCAGUGACCUUGAGUUGAAAAAACAGUUUCCUUUCAAUAACUUAAGAAUGCUUGCAACCAGAAACUUCAUACUUGAUAUGCCAGUUGGUCAUGACUAGUUGAUGACCCCUUUAGAUUUUGGGAUCAGAAGGUGAAAGGUCAAGGUCAAAGUGAGGUAUUUUUGCUUAAAACAUGGCACAAAUGUUAACCAGUAGCAUGUUGCCUGAAGAAUGCCUGCAAAACAAUAUGAGUUCAGUAUUCAUAAAAACAAAUUUGAUAUUUAAUCCAACAACCUUACACAAAAGCGUUCAUUAAUUUCUAUUCUGUGCCAACAAAGCUCCGGUCUUGACAUAGGCAAGCAUAUAGAACAUAAACAGUUACCAUUGUCCAUCUAUUUGAUCUAAUUGUUCAAUUUGUUCUAACUUUUGCGCUUAUUGAAAACUGUUUUUGUCGCAUUGCCGAAUGUUUUGUUGACUCUUCUUUUAUGAAUGAAUUAUUUUAAUUGAGAAUUGCUUUUAAAGUAUUCUGCAUUAUUUAAACAAAUAGAAAACAUGCUUUUUGAAGAAUACUGUGUUAAAAUUGUUUUAUUACAUUAUGUUUGAAUUAAUUUUAUAUUUUGUAAUAAACACAAAAUGAUUGAAGGUUGCUUUCUCAACUUAUUGACUAGAAUUGACUUUUAAAUAAAAUGGAAAUAUUACCUACAGAAA